AUGUUCGCAUCAAUAAGACGGACAAUAGGCAUACAAAUAAGAAAUUAUGUGAAGAAACCUUCGCCAGUAGCUUUAAAAAGCUUAAAAUCAAAAUCAUCUCGAGAAACUUCUCAAUUUUUUAUGGAUUCAAGGCCAGUAAGAGUAAUAGCUGGGAAAGGAGGUGAUGGAUGCAGUUCAUUUUUAAGAUCAUUCGCAAAUGAUAGAGCUGGGCCAGAUGGUGGUGAUGGAGGAAAUGGGGCUCAUGUUAUAUUUCAAGCAUGCAAUAAUACUUCAGAUUUUAAGCAUUUGACAUCAAUAAUAACAGGAUCAGAUGGAGAGAAAGGAAUGAAUAAAGACUGUCAUGGAAAAACCUCAGAUCAUAAAGUUGUUAAAGUGCCAUUAGGGACGAUAAUUAAGAAUAAAAGUGGACAAAUUGUUGGAGAUUUAAAUGAAAAGGAUAUGAUGUUUAUAGCAGCUAGAGGUGGUGCUGGUGGACGAGGAAAUAAAUUUUUCUGUACAGAUGAUCAACAAGCUCCAGAAAUAUGUGAAUAUGGUGCAAAAGGCGAGGACAUAAGCUAUCAUUUAGAAAUUAGAAGCAUGGCUGAUGUUGGCUUUAUUGGACUUCCAAAUGCUGGUAAAUCGACACUUUUAAGAGCAAUAACACGAGCGAAACCAAAAGUAGCACCAUAUGCGUUCACAACACUAAGACCGAAUAUUGGAAUUAUCCCGUACAGUGAUUAUGAGCAAAUUGGAGUUGCUGACUUGCCCGGAUUAAUUGAAGGAUCUGCUGAAAAUCGUGGAUUAGGCAUUCAAUUUCUUAAGCAUGCUGAACGCUGUAACACACUUUUAUUCGUUGUAGAUGUAUCUAAUCCUGAGCCUUGGAAUGACUACUUCAUGCUAAUCAAUGAAAUUAAAAAAUUCAGUAAGGAACUAGUCAAUAGAAAGCAAAUCAUUGUAGCCAAUAAAAUAGACCUUCCAGAAUCUGAAGAAAAUAUCGAGCUUUUUAGGGAAAAACUUAAGGACAUCCCAAUAAUCCCAAUUAGUGCUAAAACUGGAAAAAACAUCACAGAACUGCUGCAAGUAAUAAGGAAAAUGUAUGAUGAGCAGAAGGAAAUUGAGAACAAGAAGAAGGCUGAAAUGAAUAAUUAA